GAAGGGGAAAGGGAAUUUCCAGAAACCCCAAGAACCCUCCGUUCGCGGCGGACGAGGGUUCGGCGGCGAGGGUCCGGCAGCACCGUCUUGUGGAUUACUCCACUCUUCUUGCAAUGGCCGCUGUGGCGGAGACGACUGUAGAGGGGAGCGACCUGCGCUCCUUCCUCGCCAAGCGCGGCGUUGACACCACCGAGGUGGACGACCAGGUCCUCAAGGAGCUGGAGGAGAAGUACAUCAUCGCGAGGGACCUCGACGCCGACACGGUGCUCUCCAAGAUCCAGGACCUGCUGGGGCUGAGGCACAAGGAAGACAGCAUCGUCGCCUACGAAGGGCUGUCCUACCAGAUUCCGUCUCGUGGCCUGGAGCAGCAGGAGUACGAGCCCCUGCUCCGGCAGCUCUGCCUGCGCCGCGGCAAGGUCACUCCUUACGCGGUCGGCGACCCCAAGACCUCGCGCUGGGCCAGAAUCAUCACGGCUGUGCUCUCCUUGGUUCAGGAAUUACUCCUCAGGGGCAGUAUCAUAAGCAGCGACUUUAUGCGCUGCCGAGAUGAGCUCUUCAAGCAAGACAAGAAGACCGUGGAUGAUGCCCUGCUAGACAUAUGCUGCCUGCUCGAGUGCACCAGGACAUCUCUAGGCGUGUAUGAACUGACCCCGGGCUCCGUCGUCGGGCCACUGAAGUUCACAAUGGAAGAUGGCCAAGAGAUGCGUUGCAUGACUAGUGCAGGAGCCUGGAUAGAUGAAGUAAUGCACAAGGUUACUGCCAAACCAGGUGCAGAGGUCAAGUUCAUCCUAGUAGUCCAGAGGAAUGCUAUUUUCGAGGAUUUUGCCGUGGGGCUAGGUGACCGGUUCCUCCGUGAAUUUAGCUGCGUGCUUGUCACAGGCGGCGACGGGCAACCAGAUAUCUCAACACGGGCUUUCUUGCGCAAACUCAAGGAUUCUCUGUCUGUCCCUGUCUACGCGCUCGUGGAUCCGGAUCCGAAGGGCCUUUCGAUCUUUUGUACCUACAAGUUUGGAUCAUCGGAGAAGCCAUUUGACAAUGCGGGGCUUACAGUUCCUGACAUCAAUUUGAUUGGAGUCCAUUUAGAUGAGGCCAUUAGCAUUGAGAAGGGGCAGCCGCUGACCAGAGAAGACAAAUCAAUUCUCAAGGGAUUAUGUUCCCAAAAGCAUGUGAUGGGUGAUGAACUAUUGAGGACAAACAUACUUUUCAUGAUACACAGGGGGUUGAAAAGCAAGAUCGAAGCUUUAUACCGUCGUCAGUACCCUCCUUCCGACUACAUCCGCAAAGCAAUAAACAAUCAGGACGACAUCUAAGUUGUUUGACUUUGGUAGAGAGACAUCUGUGUAGUUUGCCAUGUCAAAUCUGUAGGGUAAAACAUUUAAGUUAGUUCUUUCUGGGUGUGCGAUAUGUGGUGUCUACUACAUCGUGGAUGACUCUUGGCAUACUGUAUGCACAAU